AUGAGUUUGUGCUUGGCCCUUGCCCUUGCUCAGUUCAUGUGGCUGUUCGGCUCAGGGGACACGGAUAAACCAACCUUUUGUACUGCAGUCGCGGCAGUGAUCCACUACCUUUUCCUGGUUUCCUUUGCAUGCAUGGCCAUCAUAGCCUUCGACACUCACCGUACCUUCUCCAGUCAGAUUUCUAGAGCUCCAGGGAUCUCAAUUGGUGGUCAGAACAAGAAUAUUCGUUUUUUGAAGUACACGUGCUUUUCCUGGGGCUUACCUAUGUUGUUUGUAGGUGGAUGCGUUCUUCUUAAUCAUUUCCAAGUGGUGUUUAUCGGAUAUGGCAAUGAAGAUGCUUGCUGGCUCGUCAGUAGCGAUGGCAAGAUCAUUGUUUUUGCUGUUCCCAUUGCCUCUGUUCUUCUGUACAACAUUGGAGCGUUUUCCCAUACCAUAUGGGCCAUCAACAGUGCCAGAAAGCAAACAACCCGAGUCACAUCUGCCCGUCAAGAUCAAAAGGUCGUCCUCAAAAUAUACCUGCGCCUGGUCACACUCAUGGGCUUCACUUGGUUUUUCGGCUUCGGCGCCGAACUCAUACACAAGGCGCUGAUAUAUCCUUUCCUAGUUCUCACAACUACUCAAGGAGUAUUUAUAUUUGUGGCCUUUGUCUGCAAGACCAGAGUGCUAAAGCUAAUAAGGAAUUCUUUUUCAAGAUCUAGAGGAGUUGUACUGGCCCCCACUCCACAGAUCGCCAUUGCGGAUCGCAGGAACGUAAAACUAGCGCCAACACAGACAACAGCAGCUCAAGCAUUGGCAUUGGUCUCUAUUCCACAAAGCGUAAAUACGCAUCGCAGCAGCGUACAGCUACGGGCGAUACAGACAUUAUAAGCAUCCCUGCCUCUAUGAAAAAUAAACUGUAAAUAGAUUGUUUAUUUAAUUCAGCUUAGUUCGUUACAGGGUUUGAAAGAGAGUUGUCCCUGUUUAAAAAGGGGGACCUAAAAACAGAAAUUAAGUCUUAUGUUUUGGUCUUUGGAAGGUACCUGCUGUAGUUAGUUGUUUACACUGGGCUUUUAGUACCAUGCAAGGCAAAUAUAUACCUCAAGAAUUUCAAAAUAUUAAAAUGUUACAAUUUAAAAUCUGUGCAAACAAAGCUUGUUAAUUUAACACAAUCAACAGCCAUCCCUAAUGCGAAUUGAGCCAUAAAUUAUUGUUAAAAUUUCUAGUUUUCAGUGAAUAUAAUUAAAAGCACUUUAACGUACUAUAAUUUGUCAUCGUGCAAUUAACUUGAUCUGGGAAUUGGAUGCAGUUUCUUUUCUUUGCUACGGAGAAAAUAAUCGUCAAAAAGGAUUUUCCAAUGACAGAGAUCAAAAUGUACCUAGACCUUGUUGGUACUGGAAAAGGAUACCAGCAACCACCAACCAGAAUUUUCAAAGAUAGUCAUCACUGGUUAUGUAAGCAGGUCCAAGUUCAAGAUGAAUUAGUUUUAAGUUAAAUUUGGAGUAUAUUAACCCUGGGUAUAUACCAUUUGUAGAAUGCCGAGGGCGUAAGGCAAUAGUCGUAAGAUAUGUAGAGAGUUUUGUGAAAAUACGGAUAUUGCACGUUGGUGUCAACGACGCUGAUUGCCAUUUUCAGGCUGAGCGUGAAAUACAUUGGUGGCAGAAAUGAAAUGCAUUGUGGAUUUAUUUUUGGGACGAAUAUGGACUCACUCUCCUGUGUAACUUCGCUAUAUCCUAAUGGAAAUAAUAAUAAUUAUUAUUAUUAUAGUAAUAAUAAAGAAGAGGAGGAGGAAGAAGGAGAAGAGGAAGAAGAAGAAGAAGAAGAAGAAGAAGAACUUUAUUUAUCUUAGGAAUUCGCGAACAACAGUUGAAACAAAAAAAUUCAAAUAAACAUAAAAGGGUUAAAAACACCAACUGGCAGAAGGUAAACCAGUUGGCUAUUUAAAAACGUGAUUGAAGAUUUCGAGCAUAAAUCCAGCAAGCGGUUAUGGUUGGACUUGAAAUUGAGGCCACCAGAUUGCAAGUGUUCACAGCGCUCUAACUUCUCGGCCACGCUACCUUCAUAUAGAAUAGCAUCCUAAGCUGCAGUGCACUUCGUCACAACACCGGCCCGCAGCCUCAACUAUCUCCAAAAUGGCCAAUACAGGGCCCUCGGAGACCAUUUUAAAGUGGUAGGGCUAAAAAAUCUUGCCAAUACAAAGAAACAUUAAGUUCAGUGUUCCGCCAUUUAUCUUGCAUUUACGUAGACUACGAGCAGUCUCUCUUUUCUUUUGGUCCGUCGAGCAAAACGCCCGAGACACUCUCAUAGGCGCGUGCACUCCCCCUUGAACAGGAUUUCGUCAAAACAUGAUAUCUUCUCCUUCUUCCAUAGUACUUAGGUGCCUAGGUAGCGCCCCUGUAUCGCAACAUCUUCCCUGUAUUAUGCUUCAAGAAACUGAACUCUGCCUCAUAGUUGUCACCAUUAUCUAUAGCAGCCUCAUAAUAGGCCCGUACAAUGUGAUCUUUAGCAGUUUGGGGGAUAGCUUGGUGUACCAGCACCAACCUUCAGUCUGGCCGGAGUGUGUCGUUUUCUUGGAAGAGUUGGUUCGCCAAGCAGGCCUUCACUCUUGCGGGCAACAUUAGCAUAGAAAUGGUCGAAGCUUUGAUCAAUGCGAAUUUUUGUGAGCGUCCCCUUUGUUAGAUUUGCCAGGCGUUGUCCACUGACAGCAGCCAUCUUAGUACCCUGAAGAUCCUUAGAUAGAUUAUCGGUGUGGCAAUAAAGGUGCUCUCCAAGAUGCAAAGCAGAGAAAAAGUCAAUUCACUCCAUUUGAGCCUUACAUCUUAUUAUCCUUGCACGCACAUCGGGUUGUAAUCGUUCUGACAAGCAAAAAUCCCACUCUUCCACAGGGCAAAGUCCAAGAAUUCCACGAAAAUUUUUUCCAUGUCAACUGGAAUCCUAUGAAAUAAAUCCCAGCAAUAAAAGUGGUAGGGCUAUAGCCCUACCAGCCCCUCCCCCUCCGCGGUCCCCGCAAUAUGUGACAUAUCAAUUGUUGAUAACGUGUCCCUAAAAUACCUGAAGAAAAACUACCUUUGUAUUGUAGAUACACCCUCUAAUCCGCAAGACUACAGUAAGUUUCGCUUUCUAUCGAAACAUCUCAACAUCGUGCAAGCUUAUUUAUUCUCGUCUUUAUUCUCUUAUUGGCUUUGAGCAGUGGUAUUUCAGCUUAAUUUGAAAUAACUACAUGUGAAAAUUACAAACCUUUGCGGGUAGAAGUAUAAACAAAUGAUAGCAUGAAUAGACCUUGUCACGGUUUUCGACGCCAUCUUGACGAGUAGGCAAACGCGUGAGAAAUUAUAAUACAGUGAUUGUAUGAGAAUCUAAUGUCGAAUAAUUUCCCGUAAAACAGCUGUUCUGAAAAAAAUAUGACUUGUAAACUAAAGCUUCACUCCUAAGGAUUCUCCUGAAAACAUUUGAGUGCGUUACAUGCACUUGAAGACCUAGAACCACUUUUUUAAAUUUUCUAUACAUUUGUCUGUAAGAAAGUCCCAGGAAAAUUACAGACAAAUAUAUGGAAAAUCUAAAGCAAGCCUCUGGAGAAAUUUAAGCACAGGUACGCCCCCAUAUAAUUUUUUAGGACAAUCCUGUGCUUUGUAGCUUUAGUUUACAAUUGAUAUUUUUUUUUUCAGAACAACCGUUUUACGGAAAUUAUUCGACAUUAGAUUCUCAUACAAACACUGUAAUUUCUCACGCGUUUGCAUACUCGUCAAGAUGGCGUCGAAAACCGUGACAAGGUCUAUUGUAUGUGAUAUUUGUAUGUGUAAUCAACUGGUGACGAGUGAAAUUAGGGAAUAAUUUCACGCGCGUUUUAUCCAAAUCCUUAUAAUUUCCCGAGCCUUUAGGCGAGGGAAAUUAUUAGGAUUUGGACAAAACGCAAGUGAAAUUAUUCCCUAAUUUCACGAGUAUACCAUUUGAUUACCUAUUAAUAUCAUGGGUGACGAAUUAAGUUAGCAAUCUUGGAUUUUUGACAUGUUUAUCCUGGAUAGUAUCGAUCGAGAACUCCUGCACUCUCUCGAACGUUUAGAGCUUAAAUUUGGCUUAAGUUCGGAGUUUUUCGACAAAAUACCUGUUAGAAACCUUCUUGAUGUGCUCUUUCGUGUGUUCAGGUUUUCUAAAGCGUCUUUUUGUGCCCUGACAUCUUCAUUCAUGGCAUUUUAAAAUUUCGUCGCCAUCUUGACACUGAGAAGUACGGAAGGUUGCCAUGGCAAUUUUGUAAUUUCACAUGUGAAAUUACAAAUUAACGCUGAAAUUUCGCGCCUAAAUUAAGGAGUAAUUCGUCACCUAUGAUAUUAGGCAUAAAAACCACCCGUGGUAUUUCACAUUUGUCUCAAAUUUCACUGGCCUAACGGCUGGUGAAAUUACUUAUAACAAUUUCGAAAUAUCACUCAUGGUAUUUAUGCCAAUCAUGCUAUUACCAAAACUAAUAAUUACAAUCAAACUGUAAUAGAAAAUAAAAUAAAUGUCACUUUAAUAGAAACGUAAGGAGUUUUGGUUUUAAAGGAGUACCAGAGUGAUGUUCUCCUUGACUGUACGAGUGUUCUAUUGUUAACCCUAACAUAACCCUAACCCUAUUUCCUUCCAUGAUUGCCACAAAAACUCUCCUAUUAAUGGUCAUGGGACUUGUAUGGGGUGAAAAUGGCGGGAAGUCUUGGCUCGAGUCCUGGCUCGAAUCCUGGCUUUGAUGUUUAUCUCCCACUUCAGUAUCAUAUUUUUGAACGGGAAUGACUAACGACCUAUAGGUUCAUUUUUGUAAUCCUGAUUGACAAUAACGGCUUAUCAGCUACGAUAAUUUUUUUUUAAAAAAAUCUUGUACGCUGUAGGUUAUGGCGGAUGCAUAUAAUCGGUUGCUUCAUACAGUUGCAUGCGUUGUUGGAGAUGAGGAUUAUUACCAAAUCGUGCCAGAGAGUUUAACAAAAUCGGAAUUGGCAUUGGCCGUACGAUCUGUUCUGAGAGACCAAGAGAGGAUAAGUCCAGAGAACUAAUCCCCCAUAUAGGCCCUACACCCAUCAUAAUCCCUCUUAAGAUAUUUUUAAACCUUCUCCUUGAUCCGUUGUUCCCAAGAGAGUUGAGUGAUCAUAUGUUCUUAAUUUUGAUCAUAUGUCCUUAAUUUAACCUAUUUUGACAGCUGGGCGAAGUCCCACGCAAUGCUUCACGACGUUCGCCAAUCAAAUUGUUUGUAUACUGCAGCCGUAGGGAAACGACGCGUGCAUACGUUUUGUGGACGAAUGUGAGUGUAGUGAGUGCUUUAGCAAGAAGAAGUACAGACGCAUAGACUGUAAAACCAGCUAAUAUGGUAAAGCUUCAAAUAAUUCAAAACAAAGGAACUAUAAGACAUCGCGCUCCAGUCUUACGAUUCACCUAUAACAAGAAAAACAAAGUGAAUUGUAUCAGCGCCCGAGAAAUGUUCUUGGUGUGGCUUCGGUUUAAGCAACAAUUCGGAGCUGAAGAUAAUUUACCGCGAUAAUUCAACAUCCUGCAAACAUUACAUAUUAAAGAACGUCUAGCGUCCAGCGUCGGAACAUAACAGGGGUUGUUAGUAAACCCCGUAACGGCGUAAAGUAGUAACGAGAAACAGGGUAACGAGUAUUUGUUUUCUGAAACCUGAUUUCUCCAAACUAUUGAGCGAGAUAAAAAUCUUACCUAAGGUACGGAGUACAAAAGUACAAAAACAAUUUUGGCGCAAGGGAAAAUUACAUAAAAAACAAUUCAUGCACGCCAAUUAAAAAAUAUUCAUACUAUGGCCUAAAAAACUUCAUACAAGGAAUAAAAAAAUUCUUGCAGCUCGAAAACUCCCCCCCCCUCAUAACUUUUCUAAUGGUCCGUCCCUAAAUCGCUUUGUGCUAAAAAGACAUUCUCAUCUUGCAUUUUUCAUAAUGACAAAUAUGUUUACGUUUGCGAAGGGGAAAGUAAAAUUCUUUUAAGUAAAGAUUCUCUAAACGUUGAGCAGAGAAAAAAAUAAGCUGAAAACGUUAAGAGCGAAUGCAGAGAAAAAUCGAGCAAACCGUGGCCACAGCUCAAAACCUAGUCUACCCUCAUUUUCAUUUUGUAGUAAGGUUUUAAUGAAUAUAACGCUGCUGAGGUUUAAAUUUCAAAAGGCGACCAAGUUUGGGAAUUAUUUAAGAUUUUCCAUUUCAACGACCUGGACCUAUUAGCCGCCGAAGACGGAAAAAUAGUCCAGUGACAGAUUUGAGGUGACUUUCAUAAAAAAAGCGAACAGAUCCUCUACUUAGAUUUCAAGAAACAGUUUUCUAACAAUUUAUAAAUGGCACAGUUUUUGAGUAGAGAAGAAAAUAUUAACCUGUUACGGGUAUUCAGAUAGAAGAGCGCCGGUGAAAAAUUGACGAGGAGAAAAAAACGAUGGAGACUAGAGAGGGAAAUCACUAAACUCCAGCGGCGUAGCUAGUCCAUUUUAGGGGUUGUCCAUAUGGGUAGUCCAUCGGGGUAGUCCGGUCCAUGGACUAGCGGUCAGUGUUUUGUUCACCACCAGAAAAAUAAGUGCACGGGAAACCAAAACACGAGAAAAUUCAUUUUCGUUUAUGAACAGCCGCUUUCCAUUUAAUAGUGGUUGGCUAAGAUGGUUUGUUCUGUCGCACUUUGUAUUAUAAUAGUCGCACUUAGUAAUACCUGUAACAUUUUGUAAUAACACUUGUCGCACUUUGUAAUAAACUUGAAAUGUAUGGUCGGAGGACAAGUAAACCCAAUAAUAAGUAUCAUCAUCGACAAGAACGACAACAACAACGAUAAUGAUAAUGAUAAUAGUAAUAAUAGUAAUAAUAAUAAUUAUCAUUAUUAUUAUUUAUUAUUGUAAUUAUAGCAUUUCACUGAACAGUUUUCAGCACCAGUGUCUCAAGUGGGGGCGGAGGAAAGUGUUCACAUCAACUGCGGCCUUCCGGCUUCAAGAUCUUUGUGGGAAAGUACAACUUUUUUAUGCGGACGACCUCGAUACCAUGAGAUACUGUCCAUAACAGCGAGAGUGCGUUGUGAUGGGAUUUUGUAUUGGAAUUUAGCUGCUAUCCGGGUUUUCUCUAAAAGUAAGGUGUCCUAAAUAUGUUUGUCAACUUCUUGAUUUUUUCAGACACCUUACUAUCUGUUUAAUGAGUAUUUUUAGCGUGGAGGGAAAAAUUAUGGAAUUGGAUUUUUGCCAAUAAAUUCAACAACAUGACUUCAUAAUGACAUCAAUUUACGUCAUUGUGUCAAUCCCGACAUGUUUUGCACUUUCGCCCCUCCACGAAGUUCCACGCAACGCGCGAGAAAAUAUUAUCCGCAGUAAGAAUAGUCUCCCUCGCAGCCGUUUUUUGGAUGCACAGGAAGACCGGCACGUUCCAAAAAUAACUUUAGAGAGAUUACUAUGGAUAUAGGGCCUAUAUGGGGGAUUCGUUCUCUGAGCUUUAUCCUCUCUUGUUUAUACCCAGUAUUCUGCGUAACUUUGCUACAGCUCAAUGACAGAAGUGAGAAUGUUCUCAAAACAGUCCUAUAGGCCAUAUCCUAUUAUGGCAACACAGCCGCACUGAACCAGACUCAUGCUGGCCAGUCUCCUUGGUAUUUCUUGAUCUUUAACUUCUCCCUAAAAUAAUAUUCAUCCUGACAAUAUUACUACAACGUACUCGGCACCACUAGAAAUAUUGCGCAACUCCUUUCACUCUUGAUCCGCCUCAUACGUAAUUUCUCAAUUCAAGAUGGUCGUGAUUGUAAAAACUGUAAAAUAGAUUAUAAAUUUUUCUUGGCAUUAAGUGAGCUUGAAGACUUUUACGAUGGGUUCAAGAAACAAGAGGAACAAAUCACUCGUAAUAAAAAAGGCUGUUAUUUGCAACUAGAGUCCUUUACCCUCCGAGCAAUAAUUUUAAUUCUCAUCUGCUAAGAAAGGAAAAGAAAGGAAAACACCCUUUUCCAAUAACAGUUGGCAGUUGUGUUCCAGGGAUUACCCGCAGAACUCUUUGUUUUAGAACUUAAAUUACAAAUGCCUUUAAUAUCGAAACAACUUCCGCUGAAUUUUCUAAGAAUCCCGGAAGCCUGCAUGGAUGAUUAACAAACUAUCCCGGAAGUACAGUUUAUAUUUUAUGAAUCCAAGCAAAACCAUCCAGCCUAGAAAUGCUCAGAAUAAAUCAUCAGCCUAUCUGUAAUUUUUCUUUCUCCUGGUAUCACUUAUGAAUGAAAAGAAAUAUAGCAAAUCAAAAUGCAUAUAAACUUCCUUUCAGGGAAUUUUUAUUAUUAUUGUUUUUUUUUUUGAAAAAUGAAAGAAAAAUGAGCUUACAUUUGCAUGUUUCCAAGAAGUCACGGGUUGUAGGUAAAUAUAAAGGGGGCUUUCUUGGAAUUGAUUUGUCUCUUCUUUGGAAAGCGACUAGAUUUACGAGUUGUAAUUGUACACACAGUGAGAAAACGUUUCAGUUAAACCAAGAAAUGUAGACAAAAUUUCAGAGAAAAUAUGAUUUGCCCCAAGUGUGGGAACGGCGAGUUGCAACAGCAUCAUCGGUUCUGUUGCCAAUGUGGAUAUUUCCUUGACGGCAGAUCAGCAUCAAGCGCUACAAGUUUAUCAGAAACAAGUCCGCAGAAGAUAGUUCCUGAUCAUGAGUUGAAGACUCCUUAUACGGGUCAGUUGUGGAUCUUCUUUUUAUCUUUUAUUACUUAGUUUCACCCUCAUCCUAAGUAAGUUUAACGUUAGUUGCCGCGUUGUUUGUGCAAUGUACUAAAUUGAUUUUGGCACGCAAUUAAUAAAGGAUUGCACAAAAAAUUCGCUUCCAUGUAUAAAAAGUAAGCAUGAAAUGGAAUUUACGCUGUAUUGCUCUUUGGAACAACAGUUAUUUUAAGGACCAUAAACUUGUACAAGACUUGUCCUUGUGGAAAAGCCGCAAAGGUCAAUAAAGUACUAAUCAGGAACAGUAUUCACUACAACUGCAGUAUUUCCACAUAAAAAUAAUAAAAUAAUAAUAAUAAAAAUGAUAGGAGAUGCAUAUUAACAAAAUCAAACUAUGUAUACAUCUCAUUUUGCGAUUAAAACAUCUUAAUAGGUGGUUAUGCCCUUUGAGUCUAUCGAAGAAACUAUUACAGCUUUUUUCUGCGAUAAAAUGCUUCGAAAUUCUGGUUCGCUGCAAUGGACUAUAGAUUAACGGCAUUACAGUUUAAAAUGACGGCUGAAUGAGAGAAGAUAUAUAUUCCACUCACUGGAAGAGUGCUGCAGCUGUGGCAGAUAGAACAAUCGAUACGUGUCUCGUCUUAAAAACAGUGACCCUUAAGAUUUUAAUGCUAGUUAUCAUUAUAUCAGUCAUAAGCCAAGUCGUGCAGGGUUGCAAACCCAAAGCUAUUGCUUUGCCACCGUGAUGAGCCAGGGUGAAAUCACGAGCCGAAGACGAGCGAUCAAUAUAGAUCUAUUUGCUUUAUUUCAUUUAUUUUAUGUUUACGUUUUUGGAAACAUGCCAAGUAAGUUCAGUUUAGGAACUCAGGCUUAUUUCAGCAGUUAGCCAAUCAGAAAGUUUCCUUUUACUUUUGUUAUUGUUUUUCUGUAAUAUCCUUUAAGUAGGGAAUUUUUUCAGUUUUUUAAUAAUGUGAGCGGUAUGACACGAAAGAUAAACGACAGGUUUUUUUUUUUUUUUUAUCCAAUCAGAAGGCUCGAAGUAGUUAAAGAAUAUUAAUGUAUUAUAAACGAAGUACCAGGUAAUUAUCCCUCACAACACAAAAGCGAAAACGUCAUGUAUUGUAAGUGGGGAAAUUGAAGGAAAGUUUAACUUUAAUUUAAAGCAUGAUCAAUACUGUUUCCGAAGAAAUGAAAAUAUCAAUCGGUAAUUGCUGUGAAAGUGAUAAAUUCAAGAAAGGGAGACACAAAAAUAAUUUAGACAUUUGUCAUCAUGAGGGCGGAUUUAGGGGUGGGUCGAGGGGACCGCGGACACCCCUUUCUCUUUGAUGAUAUUUUGUAUUAUAUUCAAGCAUAGAAUACUCAGGAAAAUAAAAAAAGUAUCUACGUAUAUAGCAGGCAAGUGGGCAAGUUUUCCGGCCACCCCAAUCUGAAUUUUCUAGAUUGGUCCCUAUAAUAUAAUAAAAUUUUCAAAGGGUGUCAAUAGAUAAACGUUAAAAGUGAGGUAUGAGUGAAAUUGAAAAGAGAAGCCAACAAGUCAGAGGAAAAAAACACGCGCGUUCGAGGCUGUUGGAGCACUCGCUAAGAAAUUUUGUGAAGCAAAGAGAUCAAAAACUGAACAGUGAUCGGUAUGAUAGCCUUAAAACCAUCAUUAACCCUGGAAAUCUUUCAUGCAAAUGAGAUUUCUUCAUUAUCCGCACGAAGCUUAUUGCGCGACUACCAACAAAUUUUUAGUCACACUAGCCAAAACUGCAGGUCCUUUUUUAGGACAGAUCCAGUGAAAGUCCUCCUCAAGGCACGUUCUCACUCUCCAUCAUACAUAGAAAGUUGUGGAUAGCGGGGCGAGGCGACAAACAAAAAGAAAAGACCAAGGUCACAAUAUUGGCGUUUCUCCAAGAACAAAAAAUAGGCAACACUAGUUGACAACCACAGAACCCUCUACUAUAGUCUUCUCCAGGCAUCUUCAAACGCAACCUUUUAAAAUUCCUGCAUUUUCCAUCCCGCGGCUACCUUUUUUAUAUCAGGGAUCGUUCAGCGUUAAUUUUUCACACUCGUUUGAGACUUAAUUUUAGUGCCUUAGAUUAUCACCUUUGUCAGCAAAAUUGCUCUCUUUCACUUGCCUGGGCUCUUUGCGAUCCACCUACUGAAGACGCGAAACAUUACUUCCGAUACUGCCCAACUUUUGCUGCUCUGUGUGAAAAGUUGUUUACCUCCGCUCCACAACUACUUGGAAAUAGAUGGCAUUGUGCCUCAGAUAGGAAAAAAUCGAUUGCCUUUUGAAUGGUAUUUCUACUGCUGAUUUUCAAAUUAACGUCAGGUUGUCGCCAGUCGUUUAUUUUGCUAUCAAAUCGCUUCUGUUAGUUGCUGUGUGUGUUUUUUAUAUUUUGUUGUUGUUGUUGUUGUUGUUCUUUUUAUUCUUCCGCUUUUUUAUGUGCGUGUGUUCGAUCUUGACGUGCAUUUUUGUUUUUAAAAAAUUUAAUGUAAACAGCGUAUACUCUCUAGAUGAGCCCUUUAGGCUUUUAGAGCAAAUGUUGCAAUAAAUAUUGUUUAUGAAAAAAAUAAAUUAAAAAACUCUCUACUUUAGUUCUGUGAUAACUUUCUUGCCCGAUUUUUUAUCCAUGUGAUGGAUUCUUAUAAGGAACAUUACAUUGCAGCUCCAAGACUUCUUCCGUAAAACACGUGAAUUACAACAUGGACUUGAUAAGCAUUUAUGACUAUCGCGAAAUUUUCUUUGCCUGGAAAGUGCAGGAGCAAAUUUGCCAGAAAAAAUCAUGCGAAAGUAUUCUAAUGAACAUACUUUCAACUAUGCUAUCUACAGAAUGUGAAGGGUUUAAAGGCAUUGUCCGCGAAUGCACAUUUUGUUUGAAAGUCAAUACAAAAGGCAGAGCGUCCUAAACGUCGAAACAACUAAUGAGUUCAGCGAGCUUAAUCCGCCUUUAUCUCAUUUUACCAUUUGACGGUGGGGCCAAACCACCCAUCAAAGGUGACAUAAGGGCUAAUUUUAGAAAUCUUUUGUAUUUGAUUUCAUUUCAUGACCAAACUUUGCCAGGUCACGGCCAAAAAUAUUUAAGUAUCUGUUUAAAGCGAAAUGCCAAAUUAUGACGUCACCAAGGAUGACGUCAUUAAAAGGGCUUGAUGAAAUUGUUGUUAGAGCUGUAGAAAAGGGUUAAGGCACUGAAAACCAAUUUUCGCUACGACACUUUCGACUUACUUUGUUGGACUUCAAAGAAAUUUAGUGCGUUUCCCCGGAAACGUACUUUUCCGUAAAGAAAAACAAAACAAUUCCUGUGUUUUUAUUCUAAUAUAUAUAUAUAUAUAUUUUUUAAAAUAAGCUGAUUUUCCUUAACAGAAUUUUUUUUAGUUGCCCCAAGUCUGGUAUCAUUUUAGAUUUUCCAUUUUUGACUCAAAAAUUUAAGGAAAACAAAAAAUGACUACGUGAAUUCACAAAACUGUAUUCUUGGAUUUGGACCAGUUAGGAAUUUCAUUUUUCAAAUUUGUUUUUCUUUUAGCUUUCGGCAGGAAAACGACGAUAAAACACUUCAAUUUAAACUGAUGCAACAGAGUUUUCCAGAUUUGAAAUGUCAUAUCUUGGCGUUAAACUUGCCUUGAAGAGUUUUGAUUUGUUAAUUUAAAAACGGUAUAACAAAUUGAAGGAUCCAGAAGUUAAAAAUUUACGUAUGAAUGAUGUCAGCAAAUGUGACGUCAUAAUUUGACGUUUUGUAUCAUCUUAUAUGCCAAUUUUAUUGGCCUGAUUAUAUGUACAGGUAUAGACAGAUAUACAGUUCUAAAGAAAUACAGGUGUAAACAGAUAUACUUGUAUUUUUCAGGCCAAGUUUGGUAGACAAAGAGUUAAAACUUAAAACGUUAUCGUCCAUUAACCUCAAAUACCACGCUUUAGUGAUACUUCCGGGUGGUGGCUUGGUCCCACCGUGUUUCAAUGUUUAAUUUAAUUAAUUUUUCAACAGCUGCAGCCGAACCCUCUCAGUCUCAGGCUUCGUUAGCUCCUCAGGGGGACAAGAAGGAGGGUGAAGUUGAGGAGAAUGAAGAGGUAAUUGUGCAAGACAAUGGCGAUGCCCGUAAAGAACCUCUAAAAGAGAUUCCUAAUGUAGAACAGCUUAACGCAUUGCCAACAAAACAGGGGAAUGCUCAAGACACAAAGCCUGCAGUGGAGCACAAUAUUCAAACCUCAGGAACAGCAGAACGAGAGUUAUCAAACACGAACUUACAUGGUCCCGCGGCGUCUGGACUUACUGACCAAGAUGUAGAGAAACAGGAGGCACCUGCAGUAAGCAUGUCGCGUACUGAGCCCUCUGAGGUUAGUAUAAAAGGAAAGAUUUAUAUUUUGUUAAGUUAUAUAGACAAAGCCUAAUUCCGUAAGGAAUUCAAGUUGUAAGAACGUCAUUACGUGGAAUACAACGAACUCUGAAUGACGUGUUAAUGCCAUAAAAUAUGGAUAAAAUAAGUUAAGGGACCGAGUUGAGUUAGAGCCAGCAAAGUGAUAUUAAAAAGUGGAAUCCCUUAAACUUUUCGGACCUACUAGGAAAACAAAUCAGAUAAUUCGAAAAAACGGUACAGAACAAGAACAUACUUAUGACUGAGUAAAGCUACUUAAGCCGUUUAGCCAAUCACACUUAUUAAAUGUACAAUGAUUGAUAAUAAUUUGGUCCGAAUUACCUACCAGAAAGCCGUUUUUUCCUGCAAUUAACUUUACAUUUUUUUUCUUCGAAAACAGAUACGCAAUGGGGAAGCGCUAAUAAAGGGAGAGCAAGGGAGCACCAUUCAAGAUAACAUACAAAGGGAAUCAUCUCAGUAAGUAGAUGAUGUGACUUAAGCUACAGUUAAGAGUAGAAUUUUAAACAGAGCUUCCGAGAAAAGCUAUCUGUGGCUACGUUCACACAUUACAGGUGGCGAAUUUUCGAGCGGAUGAAAAAUUUGAGUGGCCACUUAGUUCACACGGAAGUGGUCAACAUUUUGGCGCUGUUCACUGUCGAACCGUGAUUGGCGCUGUUCACACGGAACUGCGGAACCCUGAUAUUUUCAAGCAAAGCGAGUAUGAACACGAUUUGUAAAUCCAUGUUCGCAAUAUCUGUGUGCAAUUUUUCCUUCCUUUUCCAGCUAAGUAACCACACACCCAUGCAGCCGCGCCUUUGCCGUACAAAACGUUUAGCCGGUCACGGUGUUCACAUCUUGCCGUUCAAAUUUUCGACCGUACCGGUCAAAAGUUUGACCCCGAUUUUAGCGGUUAAGUUUUUAAACGGCUAGGCGUUCAAAUUUUCGUACGGUUAACGUGGUUCCGUGUGAACGGAACACCAAGCGUACGAAUUUUUAACCGGUCGAGAAUUCGACCGGUUCCGUGUUAACGUAGCCUAAAUCUUAUUCCAUAAUCGUAAGUAGAUAUUAUAGUGAGUUGAUAAUGAUCAAUUUGUAGGCUACGGAUAGCCUCAGCUGGGAGCCCGCUUUUGGGACGGGGAUUGGGUGAAGAGGUUCGUCUGAAUUAGAUGGAAACACCACGUUGUACUUUAAUGCUUUACUGAAGCAAUGAAACGAAAUGAUUUACCCGUGCAUUUAUGUCUUUCUUGGGUCGUCUUCGAGGGACUUUGCAUUCAGAUGGAAGACUAGACUGUUCACAGUCCUUUUUUUCCGUGAUAUUGUCGAGAUCGAGCGCUUCUUAGAAAAUAUUUUUCUCGCCUCCUCCGAAACCGUCCCCCGCCCCCUAAGUAGGUUUCAUACUCUUCCCUAGGUUAGACUCGGUACAUAUAUUUGAGAUCAAGAUGGCCGACAUUAACGGCAAGACGAGCUCGGUCUCGACGAUUCCACGGAAAAGUGGGGACUGUAAACAGACUAAUGGAAGACGAUUCCAUUUCGAUUUCUAUUUACUACUGAGCAUGUGGGAGUUUCAUGAAUGGAUAAUUUUAAGAAUUUCUUUUUCCUUUACGUUAAGAUCGUUUCCUGAGAAAGACUUGCAGAAUGAUGAAGUCCAUGAUGCUCUAGUGCCAGACAGUGGUACAAUAUCACCAGCACCCACCGAUCUGAGAAAUGACGCAAAACCUACUAGUCAACCAUGUUCCGAUGAAUUUCAGUUAAGUCAGAAUGAGAAAACCGACAAGCGUGGCUCAGUUGAUACAAAUGGUGAUAAAAAACAAGGAGUUCACGAAGGCUGUACUUCUGGAAAAUCCGCUGCAAAAGGUCCUGAUGAAAAACGAAUUGAGAGGGGUUCUGAUCGAGAACGUAACCAAGUUAAUGUUAGAGGUGGUAAUGUUAACGAAACACAUGAAAAAAGUGAUGAAAAGAGAGCGGUAGCGUCUGAGAACCAAAGUGGAUUGCAGUCCAAUCCUGUUGACAAAAAGAACACUCCACUCGAAAGCGUUGACGCUAAGGAUGUUAAUCAGUCUGGUGGGCACGAUUUUGGAACAUCUGGUACUGUAGUAACAAAAACGAAGGUGGCAGCAAACAUUAAAAAUCCGAAUAAAGAAAGUAUUUCCACAGCAGAAAAAGCUGAAAAUUUGUCUUCUAAGAACACCGAAGAAAGUACAAGUAUAUCCAAAGACGAACUUAAAAAGGUCAACAUGCAAUCUGGCGAUAACAAGGGAAGUUCACCCACUGUUCAGUCAAACAAGAACAACUUGCAAAACAAUGAGGGAAGGCCUGAUCACAGCCCCGCUAAAAUGGAAAGAUCCCGUUUAGAUAAAGACUGUAUUAAUGUUGUUUUUCAUGCGCUGCUUACUCCCACAUUUAAUUUUCAGCCAGGUUAUAAUAAAGUGGUCCUGCGUGGAAAUUCGCCAUUUUCGUGGCAUCCUGGAAGACAACUCGAGAUGCGCGUUGAGAGGUAAGACUGUUGGCACAGUUUUGAUUAUAUAUAUUUAUGCAUGACAUGACUGACAAAAAAAACCGUUUACUUUGGAUGAUGUUACUUUCUUAGGGAAGUGUGGAACGGCCACUUCAUUUUGGAAGGCAGGGCUAAGCUAACUUUGCAAGAUGCUCAUAACGGUGUUUCAUAUAAAUACGCCGUUUUACAGCCAAAUGGAAAAGAGCUUUGGGAGUGUCUUAUUGGAUUCAAGCCUCGCAUGUCUGGCCAUGUAAAUCGUUUACUUGUCAUUCCUGAAUCAUCCAUUAAAGGAAAUAGUGAGUGCAUUCAAAACUAACUUCUUGUCUUUAUUAAGCCGUGCAUAUGCAAAAACACUGUGGUUUUAAGAGUCGAAACUUGUUAAAUAUUGCUUGUCACAUGCACAUUAGAAAAAUAAAAGUGAUAUUCUGAAUUCCAGUUCCUUUAGUUGUACCGGAUUAGAUUCAACUAAAAAUAGCGUCUAAUUCGUAUUCUGUUCUUUAACAAAAUGACACAGCUACAUGGCAUCAGUAUGACGAUGCAGUCUUCAGUGAACCAGGAUUAUGGGAAUCUCUCUGCAGCCACUUUCCACCGUUAAGAAGAAUUGUGCGAGACCCUGUGGAAGGCCGAAGGAUGGCGAUGUUUGCUAUGCUUCCUGAAUUGGACAGUAUCUUUGCAGAUCAUAGAGGAGAACGGUUGACCGCCCAUGCUGCUUUAGCUGAGAUCAAUAAAAUACUGCACUGCAUGUUAAAUUGCGUAUUUGAGAAUGGGGGUUAUUGCUACACUCGUGAUCUAACUGGUUUUGAUGCCAAGCAGGUCUGUAUUGAAAACAAGGUUUUAUUUCUUCCUAACUAAAGGAGUCGUUCAAGUCGUUCAACUUCUAUUUGAACACUCGAAUACUUUCAUUUCCCUUAUUCCUACUAAUAGCUUCCUUACUUGAAAGUGUCCGCUUACAGUUUUAUGGAUAACAACAACAAUUUAUAGUUUUAUUUUUUUUCGUAAGGUUCUUUGGGAAUACCUUUCACCGCGGCUACACCAAAACAUACAAAGCCUACAAGUACACACGAAGGACGAGUAUCUUCAAAACAAGCGACUGGUUACCGCUGCAAUCAUUGCAUCCCUUGUCGGUUAUCAUGAAAUGACAUUUCUUAGAGAUGAUGUGAUAAAAGACCUCUUGGAAUGUCUAACUUUAAAUGGGGACCCAUAUCGCAGGAGAUGUAGUGGCCUUAAUGCGAUUCUCCAUCACUUUCCCCAAAAGGAACAUUUAAGGUAAAAUACUAUGUUAUGAAAUAUACUUUAUUUCCCCCUUAACAUUACUUCAAAGUGUUCCUUCCUUACUUUAUAUCAGAAACUCAUAAGGGGUUGAAACGUGUAACUCUCAUAUGUUUGCUUUGUCCGAUGCUCGUGAUUAUUCAUUUUCGAAAGUACCAUACUUGGAACGAGAAGAAGAGAUAACUGACCAAUCAAACUUCGUAAACAACGUGACGUAAUUUUCCUUCAGGUUCCCGAGCCCGCUUAAAAAAAUGGCCGACAAACGGGGGAAAAACUCCCGAAAGCCGAGAAAGCUUUCAAUGGUUGAAAUCAGGAAUAUUACCGAAACACUGAGCAGGAUAUUAUUGCCUUACCUCCCUGGCCAAACGUAACAUUAUGAAACCCAUUGACGGCCUCGCAGCUUCUUGAAGUUGUCACUUCAAAAAACGAUGCCUCGUUGACCCUCUGCACAGUAAACUUAUACUGAAAAUAGGUUUUUAGAAUUUUUAUGUUAAAAGUCUAGAAUAAACAGUGAAAAAUAUUUUCGAAUAAAAUUCAUUAGCUGCGUAUCGAAAGUGUCCAAAACCUGAACCUGACAUCUUCCCAAAAAGUGAUGCUUGUAAUGAAUGUGAGAAGCAUCUUAAAUUAAACUUAGAUGUUGUAGUCACGAUCAUGUUUUGAGCUAAUUUUAUGACUUAACAAACUGAAAAUAAUAGACAGAGAAGCCGUUUCUUGAAAAUUUUUAUUCAAAGUCCAAAAAGUUAAUCCUUUAAAGCAAUUCGGAAAACACUAUCUGGAUCGUGGAUCCGUUCACGCAAGUGACAUAGGCUAAGCACAUGACAAAAUUCAACACAAAAUCCAUCUCAAAUCAGGGCACAUUUUGUAAUUUUUCUUUAGCGCCGAAGAGAAAAAUUUAAAAAACGUCUAUGAAACAUUUAAAAACACAUAAAUUCCCUUUCAAAAACGUAAUUGUCUUGGCCAUAGAGUACAAAAUGUACCUGAAAAUUCAGCAAAAACUUCGCUGACUUGGUUGCAUUUCAAAACAGACCAUGGGCUCCGCCGUGAAGAAAACAAGGUUGAAUUCCUCGAAGGACGAUUUCUUGAUGAAAAGCUUCCCUUUCUCCACAAAAAGAAAGCUGAGCAUUCUUUUGAACUUUCUCUUUCCAUUUUUUGUCUUUUAACGGUGUAUUUUUAACCUUGAAAUGCAGAACUCUUGUCUUAAAACAUCUGCAUGGUGAUCGCGCAGCAGCCAUUUUAUUGAAAAUGGAUAUCCGUCACUAAGAUUUCCAAAUAUGGUCAAAGUGAAUAUCCACAAGCAUUGAACGCGAGUUACACGUUUCAACCCCUUAUGGGUUUCUGUUUAUAUCCAUUGAGGUAUAAAUUGCGUUGAGGUAUGAUUGUUCAAUAGAAGCGUUAAAAUGAAAAGUGUAAAAUGUUUUUCCAGUGCCAGACAAAAAAAGGUUCCGCGGCCCAUCAAUGAGCUUACUAUUUGACUGAUUUGUCGGUUUCCAACUUGAAAUUGCCCACCACCAUGAAGCCAGAUGGAUAUGGUCAUUACUUACUUUUACUGUCACAUAAUUAAGGAACGAUGCUCACAAGUAACUGAAAUGUUCUAAUUCAACUUUUAUUGAAUUUUAUAGUAAAGUGGCCAAUAGCUUGUUGCGAAUCUGCAACUAUGUUAUUGAGAAUCGCCCUGGAAUCUACCAUUGGCUCUUUGUGGUGCCUCUGCUUCAUUUUCUAUCGGAAGUUGCUGCGCCAUACUCUGGUGAAUUAUCCUCAGCACCUAGUUCAAUUAAAGACGAUACUUGGUGGGGAGCGCAAGAAAUAAAUUUUCAGAAUGUUUGGAAACGAGCUGAGUUGAUGCCGUGAGUAUAGUCCUGCUAAACAAGAGAUGUUCCAUACGACAGUAACGUAAAUACCAAUUAGUUAUUUGCCAAAUCUACCUAUACUGUCGUUUGCGAAAAAAAGAUGUAAGACUAUAUUUGAAAAAAAAACUUACAUAUUGAGUAGUAGCCUGCGCACACAGCCACCUUUCAUCGCCCCUCGUUGUUGAGACGAGUUUGCGAAACACCCCCGAACCCACUAGGGAUAGAUGAGAGGUGGCCGUAUUCGCAGGCUAAUCGAACAAAAUCCAGUAAGAAGCACAGAAAUACCACGCUUCGCGUUAUUUCCAUUACCUUACACAUGCACACAUCCGUAUUACCCUCCAGCAUUUGUUGUUAUUAGGACGCAUGCUAAAGGCGAAAGUGUCUCACUUGCAAUCACAGUCCCCCGCAACUUACAGACAAAGCAUUUGAGCCUUACAAGAAGUGGUGCCUUACAAGAACGAAACAAUUGUACAAAUGUAUAUGGCUGCCAUUACCAGGGUGUUAUGGCUGGACGCAUGCGUAACGUAAGUUACCGACCAAACCGAAAAGAUCAAAUGCUGUGUCUGUCACGCCACUCACAUUGGUGAGACCGGCAGAAACCAUAGAACGCGAUUGACUGAACACAAACAAGCGAUAGGAAAUGGUGAUGUCAACAGCAAAUUACUUAACACCAUUUAAAGACGAAACAUCAAAUCGACUAUUCACUUCAUAUAUCGUGUACCAGCCGGAUUCUGCUAUAUGUAUUACGUAUUCUACAGACUGCCAUCAACGAUUCAAUUUUGAAAGCUGGUUUACUAACUUAGAGUGAACGCCACUCACUCGUAGUCCACAGUUACAGGCACCGUGCAAACCACUUUUUGAUGGACCUGAGUAAAACUGGCAACGACAGCAUGACUCAGACAACCGAUAAUUUGACUAACAAUGAACGACUAUUAAACUAGCUGUCACAAAAGAAGGAUCGAAACUCACCAAAGAUAUUAAGAGUCUUCAUAGCCAAUAACAUCACGGCUUAAUUGACAGACCGACCAAUAACAUUGCGACUCAAAAGACCAAUCAGGAUAAUAACCAGAGUUAGAUAACAUCAACUGACUUGAUAAAACUCACUUUGACUCUGAAGAUGACUACCGCAUAGGCUGCUAAACGUACAUCACUGUCAAAGACGGUCCUAUUUCAGGACUACACUCACCCGGACGAUAAUGCUCCACCUACCUAUGAAUUCAAAUGACACCUGGGUUCAAACCUUUCACAGUUUUAUAAAUACUCUUCAGUAAAAAUUAAAGUUCAUGAGAUCGUAUGUUGUUACUCAUGCUUUUGAGUAGUUAAUUGUUUAGAUACCCUAGUUUUUGGAAAGUGAAGAAAAAAUUUGUAAAAAGUGUUUGCGUUGUUAUCAUUGCAGCAACAGUACCCCUAUCAAUCUUCUUAUUCAGCUUACGCCGAUGUUCGAGGUCGAUCCGUUAUUUAAGCGGACAUUUCUGUUGGCUCUUCCCAUUUGUGACCUUGGUAGGGCACUAGAAAGAAAUCUAUUUGAAUUGCACGAAGUCUGCUGGACUCUCGCUCGAGUUGUGGAAGAGAGAGAUCCUCCGUAUCUGUCUCAAGAAGAGGUAACGAGAUAUCUUCAUUUCUUGACUAUGGCCCGGAGUGAUUUGACAGAUGAUCGAACACCGCCUUCAGUUAACUUGCGGAUUGGGUCGUUUGCAAUGAUCUGAUCGAUCCUAUUAGAUGUAGGGUUAAUUGAAUUAUUGAGUUCUUGUUGCGAGGGCGAAUUACUACUAAAAAUAAAUUCGCGUUGUUCUCUCAAGGCUUAUCUUUGUCAUUCAAAUUUGCCCGGAGUUGAAUACGUCCACUUAUCGUCGUGAGUUUACGUCCUCAUAAAAAGUUUUAGAGACUGGCAAGGCAAAGAAGAAACAAGAAACGUGACAGUGCUGAGUUGUUGUUUUGCCUUCUCGUCGUUGUUGCCGUCGUCAUUGCUCAAGCUUUGUUUCAAAUUGGUUAAAACGCCAACCCUAAGCCGGUAAUAUCUUUUUCAAAAGUGUGAUCGAUGACCACGUAAUAAUUUAUGAGCAAAUAUAUAGCCCUAUUUAUAGGAUAAAUGUUGGAAAAACAAUUGCUCUUACCUAUCAACUGUAGGAGAUAUAAAGUUUUUCAACCCUUUAACUGGCUGAAACCAGCUCUUUUUCUUUUUUGACUAUAUAUCUCUGUUGAUUUUUUUUUUCUACUUAGUGGGCUUCCCUUGAAAAUACCAUCAGUCAAAUGUGCCUUGAAGUCGAAGCAUAUGCCAGGUGAGAGCAUCGUUUGGUCAAAUAACACUCUUUUUAAAUAAAAAUUGGGGUGAGAAUUUUUCCCAGCAAACCGGAAGAUUUUUGUUUCGCGUCUGCCGGAUCACUUUUAGAAGCACUCGUUGUUAAGAGGAAGAUGAGGGCGGUAGGAAGACGAGUGUUUCAUACAAUAACUGAUGUCAGACAAUAGAGCGAUGGCAUUUUUUUGACCGAAAAAGCGAACUUUCUUAGCAAUGUUUUUGCGACAAACGAGACUAUCUUUGCAAGUGUUGAAAAUAACACCUCUCAUGAUUUUUAAAAGAACAUAGUUAACGACCAUUUUCAUCCUCUUAACCAUAUUCUUCAUGUCCUAACUACAUAAAAUUAACUCCUUUUUCCUCUUUUAAGGAAAAAAGAAUCUACCUACGAGGCAAUGAUGUCUCUUGCGGAGGCUGCCUUCUAUCUUUUACAUCAUUUGUUCUCAGUACACGGAUUGGCGAUCCGUAAAGAAAGCCAGGUCAUCUCUGGAAUUUUUCAACUUCUCGCCAAAAGCCUUCAAUUGGCCAAGCGCGGUUUCGUCGUGUCUACAUCAUCAAAAGAAGCAGAUGACAGUUCCCAAGACAUUUUUGAAAGGGCUGUUCAGUCCUUACUUACCUUUUUGGACAAAAACUUUAGGGAGAACUUGUUCUACGCAUUGAAAGAUUUGCGACAAGAAGAAUUUCAGGUACGAUGUUACGUUAGACUGCAAAACAGUCGAUUUUUUUCUCAAAAUCUGUAAAGAAAUCGAUAAAACGUGGCGUAAGAGCCUUACGCGCCAUUCGCGCGAGCCUCACACCCCCGUAGGGCGUGUGACGGAGAGAAAAAAAAACGACUGUCCGUUUUCCAUACAAUGAGUUCGUUCCGACCAGGGGGGUCAAAUAUGUCGUCGAGCUGUCAAAAAUCAGUUCUCAACUCCGCCCUCUUGGUGAAUUUGAUACACUCGGUGAUUGAUUUCGAGGGCGCGUGUUAUUGCCUGCACUUGGCUUCGAAUCUUGACGGUGUAAUCCAGUAAUUCUAAAGCAGUUUUUAGCGUUGCUUCUCUGCGAAAUGUAGUGUAUAUAGUGGUGGAUCAAAAAUGAGUGGAAGUGGCAGUACGACAACAAAGCCUGUGCCUGCUCCUCUAAGAGGGAGAAAGCCGAAAGAGCCGAGGGCUUCGGACAAAUUGUAGAAUGUGCGGCUGUUGAUUCAAAAAACACAGUUCGGCAAUUUUACGAAGGGAUGGAUAAGCUCGGAAAAUGUGUUUGUUGCGCCUACCAAAUAAGAGGAAACGUUACCAAAGUGGGCCGACCUACUGAAAAACGAACUUUUCGUUGUCCUCGAGGAAGGAGAAUUAUUCUCCACAAGAGUUUGCUCUCCGUGUGGAACAAAGGUUAGAAACUGGACCAGGAAACUGCACGGCGAUGCUUUCGCAAAUUACAGAAGAACUGAACACGCCAACUGACAAUGAACAAUUAUUGCGAUUGAAAAGAAUGAGUAAAUCCCCUCAUUCCAAUCCACGUCUUGGUGAUUUAGCUCUGUAUAUCACUAUCUGUGAGAAUUGAAAAUCCUGCUAAAAACGCUAACGAGCUGGGCCCAGCGAGACAAAACAUUGCAGGAAAAAGUCACAUUCACGGACACAAAGAAAUCGACUAAAAUUAUUCAAAUCCAGGAGGCACUUUGGAGAAAUAAAACAACCUAAAACCCUUAAUCAGCCGCAGUGAAGAGCUUUACAUUUCUAAAGGGGCCAAGAAAGAAAAUGCUCUUGCGUCAGAGGGCAAAUUAUUGUGCGUGUCACGUCUCAGUAUGAAAUAUAUUUAAUAAGCGGCCAAAAUUCACAUUUGCUCAGUCAAAACGUUUUCCUCCAAAGCAUAAUCUACUCGACAGAGAAAACAGUUCAUUGGAACAAGCAGCAUUUUUGCAUGAGGUAAAAGUCGUGUGUUUCUUACCUAUCCAACAUUUUUAACCAGGCGAGAUAACAAUGACGGUCGGUCGUUGCACGGAACUUGAAGAACUCUUUGCAUGAACAAACAUCUACAUGAUAAAUAAGGCUUUUGUCAAAUCCUGUUGGUAGAACACAGAAAACAUCCUUUCCUCUGAGUAGCAACUCCAAAGCUUCCCUCUGCUCCGAUUUUAAAACAAAUCCCAAUUCUUGCGAGCAAAUCCAGGCGAUCAACAUCCGUCAUUUUACAGCGAAAGCAUUAGUACUUUACCACGGUAGGGAACAUCGCGAAUGACUUGUUGAAAACAUUACUUGACAGCUUGGUGACAUCUUGCAUCGAAAUUUAGCCAAUGGGAAUUGCCCGUGGCUGGGAGAAGCGGGUAAUUCGAACGAAUAUAAUGUUACGUCCAUCCCCUCGAUUCUUCUUCAUCAUCUUCUAAGUUCUUUUACACGUUGCAAUAAUAUCGAUUCCCCAAUAAUAUUUUGUCGCCGACUGUACGUGUUUUAAGUGUUUGUGGCGGCUGAAGGCUUGUUAGACAGUCAUUAUGAUUAAAUUACGUUUGAUGUGCGAUGUGCAGUAUAUAAGAGUUGGUAAGAUGAUCAUUCGUCCAUUCUACACAUAAUCAUUCAGUUAAUAUAUAUCUGUUUUAGAAAGUAAGCUGCCAUUUCCUUAGUGUGAUAUUUAAUUUUUUUCUCAAAGUUAUUCAUGAUCAGCCUCAGUACAAGUGCGUACUGGUUUAGGCUCCAGUGUUUAUUGAUGCCCAGAGAAAAUAGAAACUUGACUGAAUUGAUGGUUAGAAAAGACUAUCUAUUAAGUUUAGUUUCUUUCCUAAAACAUAAUAGGUUUGGUCAACAUUGCUGUCUGUGAUGAUCGAGGAGAGGGAAUUUCAAGUCAUCUGGGAACACGGUGUCAGGGAGGCUCUUAAACGUCGAAUAAAUCUGGUACAUUUUUUACAGAUAUAGCUAGCAUAUUAGCCUGUCAAAUGAGUCGAGACCUCGAGUUGGUGUGCAUAGCCUGCGAACGGCAGACGUUUCUCCUCGCUCAUCGCCGCUGAGGGACGUUUCACGAGUCCCUCAGUGGCUAUGAGUGAGGAGAAACGUCUGCCGUUCGUAGGCUAUGGUGUGCACGGAGGAUACUUAUAUUUACUGCAGCUUAUGAGUGAACUUUUCACUCGUUUCUAUUGAGUUUCUAGUGAGUCACUGUGACAGAAAUUCCUGAACCGUAUAGCUUUCAUGAUAACAAAAAGAAAAGCUGAAUUUCGAACAAUGAGACAAAGACCGAGAGAAGAGUGGAUCCAGAAUUACAGACUUUGACCAAAGAGUGCGCGACAGAACCUUUAUACAAGAACAUGGCUGUUAACUGUGUCUUUCAAGUGUUACCUUUAUUACGAUACGGAAACGUCGGUGAGGCCUGGUUUAAUAGAAACCGUGCUCAUCCGUGCAUCAAAGACUGGUUAAACCAGUCAACCAGGGUACAAGUCGGGUUUACCUAGCCCGGGUUUCAGAACGGGUCUUUUUUUUUGUUUGUUGGUUUGUUUUUCACGUAAUCUCCCUCAGGCAGAAUUGAAUUUUCGGAGCCAUAAGUCUCAUUUAUACUACAAAAAAUCCGGGUUCGGACCCCUUAAAAAGCGGUCCGGACCAAUUUUUUUUAACCGUUUACACGGGUACCAAUCAGGUUAAGCUUAUGAUUGAAAAGUGCAAUAGUACACAUGCGCGAAACCACCGUAAACUACGACAGGCUCACAUAAAGAAGAUGGUACGGAACGAAGAUAGGUCUACACAGCGCUUUCGAACAGCGAAAGGGAUCCGGCCUCGAUUUUUUUUUUUUUUUUUUUUUUUUUUUUAGGUUUUGGGGCCAUAGCCGCCCAUGGCCCCAAAACCAGAAAAAGCGAGUCCGGAUCGGAUCCAUUUCAGGAAAACAUAGUACGGAAGGUUUACACGGAAAAAAUAGGGAACUUAAGAACCACGACGAAGUUCACGACGACGUGGGCUGUUGACUGGGAAAAGACUGGAACGAGAACCUCAGUUUCGGCAGGAAAAAGGAAACUUAAGAUGCAGUCGGUCGGUAGGUCGACGACGACGACACUGAAUGUAAACACAAAUGAAAAACUGUGAUGUUCGUUCGCAACAAAGUUUUUCGCAGUGGCGUCUUUUAAAACAACACAAGGUCGUAAUUUUUAAGCCGUACGUUUAAUUUCAUUGACGAUGAAGAAUUUUUUGUGAUGUCUGACCUUUUCAAGUGGAAAAACACCUACUUUCCGCUCGAAAUUAUUCAACUUUCAACCUGAAUGAGAUGACCAAGUUCGAGUCUCUGUAAGAGUUUAGAUUUGGAAAAAGAGACAUUCUGAUGUGAUAGCUGUUACCCAUAUAAAGUUUAUUUUCUCUAUAUUAAAGAUGCUGAUUUGCCUUACCUAAAUUAAAAUACGUACAAAUAUAUUUAUCACUUACGAGUUGGGUCGCUCGGCCUUCACAGUUGUUGUCAUUCUUCGAAGUAAAAACAAUUCAUUAGUCGAAUUUUCAAUCAACAUCGCUCGUUAGGAGAAAAAAGAAACGAUACCUGGAUUUAAGAGGAUAAGAAAAUGCAAAGGACUUCAAAAAUCGCCUAAAACAGUGGAUUUAUACCUGCCGAAGUUUGUGGAUUGCAGGACGACGUGAUUCUACUUUGUUUGGCGUCGUCGACGACACCACGACGACGAAACUUACUGGUCGCGCUUCCGCAGUACCCUGUAAUUCACUUCCGGUUGUCGUCGAUAAAGUUGUCGUCUCGCCCCCCUCCCCUUAGAGCUAUAAUCCCCGACGCCCGCCCCCUCGGUACAUUUGAAAAUCAAGAUGGCCAUCAUUAACGGUAAGACGCGCUUUAUCUCAACGAUCUCACGAAAAAAUAGGGGACUGUUAACAGUCUAUGCCAACAUUUUUACGGGUUUUUCUGUAUUGUAAAUGGGGCUAUAGUCACCUUCUAAAUUUGGGUUACUGAUGACCUGGCCUAACUGCAUAUUUUCUUGAUUUGUUUGGAGUAAUGACUUGAGAACUUGUACGUAAAUUUACACGGCUAACAAAAUUCUUACUCCAUCUUCUCAACUUCGGAAUUCUUGUAUUAAACAGAUGGAGACGAAGCAUAUUGUGGAGUUGUUUUGUGAAUUGGAUCUGAGCACCUACCACCCGAAAAUUGGCGAAUCUUUCAUGGCUGCAUCAUUUGAGGCCGUAGACUGUCUCGCAGAGGUAUGCUGUUAUUAUUUAACUUCACCUGGAACUUUUGAAGCCAAUUUACAAUUGUAAAUCAACUAAAAAGCUGACGUUUCGAACGUUCAAGCGGUUGUGGGUUAUGAGUGGCUUGUAUAUCAUAUAAGCAACACACAUUGCAUGGAGUUCAGCGGUAGGAUGGAAACUUGAUAACAUCUUUAUACGAUUGUAACUGGAUUGUAACUUGAUCAACUCAAUCAUCCCUCACCGAUCACGGUUUUAGAAAUAACCCUUCAUUUAUCCGUCCUCACAUAUAUCACAGAGCGGGGGAAACCGCUAAUGGUGCCACUUCUGAGGCUGAUACUUGGCAUUCAGCCGGGUGCACAUUAACAUUGAGCCAUGAAACUUUGCAUGAUAAAAUCAGAUACAUUUCCAUGUCUAUUCGCAGGACCUAAUAAGGAAGAGAGACAUAGAACAAGACUCAGGUGCCAGAAAAUUGCUUGGCCUCUGUUUGAGGAGAUGUUGGCCUAAAGGGGAUGGUGGCAAAGAGCCUUCACAGGGUGAUCAGUUGAGAUACAUUCUUUCCUGGGAGCCGAUGGCUAAAUACUUUCAGAGCUUCGGUAAGUGGUAAUAUCAAUAACGAUGAUAAUAAAAAUAAUUGCAGUCACGUAGAAACCCGGUUACUGGAACUCUGAAGGGAAACGAAAAACAGUUCUAGUUAGCGGGGGUUCCAGUUAUCGGGGUCAAUUGCCAUGCAAAAUUCCAUUUUAAGUGUCUUAAAAAAAGUUGAUAGUUCCUGAUUUUUCAGCAGUUUAGUGUAUUGUGCUACUGCAGUGCAAGUUUAACUUAUUUCACCUGAAACGGUAACAUGAUUAGGCAUUUUUAUGAUAAAUCAUGAUCUGUUCCUUGCGCCAAUUAAAUUCAAAUUGCUGUAGCAUUAACCAGUGUUGGAUUUAGUGUUUUUACUGAUUAUACAACAAGAAGAGCUAAUGGGAUGGCAUCCGAGUAGAGUUACAAGAACCAGAAUUCUUUUAAUCGGAGUAAAUUCCAGUGAAUUUUUGAUAAAGGGAAAGAAAACUUUGUUCGAGUUAGCGGGGAAUUCGAGUUAUCCGAGUUCGCGUUAACCGACAGAGUAAAAAUGACUGAAAAGUGGGGUGAAAUCUCCCCCCAAAAACUGGACUAAGUUUGGUUCGUUGGGAGAUCGAGUUAUCAGAGUUCGAGUUAUUGGGGUUCUUCUGUAUAAUAAUGGCAACUUUAUACUUUGUGUUUUUGAAUGUACAAUUGUAAAUCUCGCUAAGUGUAGGCAACUUACAAAUGCAGCUUGAGAUUGGAUAGUAAUACUAAUAAUACUCAUAAUCUUAAUCAUAAUGAGAAUCAUAAUCACAAUAAAUCAUAAUAAUAACAAUGAUGAUAGUAAUGAUGAUUUAUAAUGAUAAUAAGAAGAAGUAGUAAUAGUAAUAAUGGUAAAGGAAAAUCAAAGGUUUUGCAAUAUACUCUUUUUUUUACUGUUUUUUUUUAUGCUGAUAAUAAUACAAAGUAAAUUUUCAAAAGAUAAUCUGAUGCUAAUAAUAACACUUCUAACAUGUAU